AUCGUUUGUUUUGCGUUCUGCCUCUUAAACAUCCGUUGCCGUUCAAGCUUGUUUCUUGAUCUGGGCACUAUUCCCUCUUUGAUACAUCGUCUUUUUUUCUUGCCAUCUCUCUGAUUGCGGGUCAAUCUCGGGAUUGUCUUUUCAGCUUCAGUACACCUUUGAACAUCCCAUUCCUUCGCUCAAAGAUCAAGCAGCUUCCUCUUCCAUCUCGUCAUGUCGUCGAAACGACUUCGCGUUGCUUUAGUCGCAGCUGUCACUACACUCUUUUUCUUCUACUUUCAAAGCCAAACAGGCCAAAGGACAUCACCAUGGCUAUCACAUGUCGAAAAAGACGUUGACUGGUCGCGUUUCGCAUAUACGCAAUACGUCACAAACAGCGAGUAUUUGUGUAACUCACUCAUGUUCUUUGAAUCUCUGAAGCGUCACGGAAGUCGACCUGAUCGUGUCAUGAUGGUUCCUGAAAGCAUGCUUGAGCCAGAGAUGGUCAACUCAAGUGAUGCGUAUCUAUUGAACAAAGCACGCGAUGAAUAUAACGUCAAGCUUGUUCCGAUUACCAUUCAGACCAACUGGGCGGGUGACGCUACGUGGGCAGACUCAUACACCAAGCUUCUGGCAUUUAACCAGACUAAUUACGAUCGUGUGCUGUCCAUCGACUCAGAUUCUCUUCUGCUACAAGCCAUGGAUGAACUGUUCUUCCUGCCAGAUGCACCUGUGGCUAUGCCUCGAGCAUACUGGAUAUCCCCCGAGAAGGUCCUCUCAUCACAACUCAUGCUCAUCCAGCCUUCGGAGAUAGAGUUCUCCCGAAUCAUGGAAAGAGUACAAUCAGUAAAGUCUGGCGAGUAUGACAUGGAAAUUGUCAACCAGCUGUAUGGCGACAGCGCCUUGAUCUUUCCCCAUCGCCGCUACGACCUCCUCAGUGGAGAGUUCCGCAACGACAAGCAUGCGCAGUACCUUGGUUCAGAGUUGGGAACCUGGGACCCUGCUGCGGCGUAUAGCGAGGCUAAGCUAAUUCACUUUUCGGAUUGGCCGCUGCCGAAACCGUGGAAGCCUGUGCUUGAGGAAGAUAGACUUGCAGCACAACCAAAUUGUACACAAACGACAAGCGGGGAAGAGGAUUGUACCGCGAGGAUAAUCUGGAACUCGCUGUAUUCUGACUUUAGAGCGAAGCGAAAGGAAAUAUGUGAUUAUCGUGUAGAGACAAGAGAGUCUGCUGCAAGUGGGACUAUGUUGAUCUAGAAUUCAAAAUUACGAUGAAGGCUGCCAGAGGGUCUAUAUCUGAAUAGAACUUGGAUUUGUUCAACAACCGGGAAAUUGUACAUGACGAGUAUGAGUAAAGAUCAAAAAUGAUUAUUUAGAGAAUGGUAAACAGAACAUAGAGCUCAACUGAACGAGGUUAAAUGUCCACCCUGUAUCACAGAAUGUUCAUACCGAGCUUGGGGCCCAUUAGUCAAUGUGCGUUGAACACUUGCUGAAAAAUCAGAAGAUCUUAGGGCAG